GGGAUUCGCACAAAGGGAAGGUCUCUGGGAGGCUGUCUGAUGCGCCGCCGGUCCCUGCUUUCUCUUUGCCCAGGGCGCCUCUCCCUCUCCUCCCCAAUAGCUGGCCCUGGAACUGGGGUGGGGGUUGUGUCCAGCGCCCUUCCUCGGCGGCACUGUUAAAACCGGGCUGGCUUGUGCUCGCGUUCUGGUGCUGCCGCUGCCUUUGUCUCGGGCAAGGGUUGGGCAUCUCUUGCCAGUGUAUUUGGAAGGUUGGACCUGCCGGAGCCAUGUUCAGAAUCAAGCUAGAGCCUUUAAAAAUUAGCACUUGGGCCAUGAAUGUCUUUGUGAAGUUCCGGAAUAAAGAGUCUGCAGCUGGGGCCGUCUCCACCAUGGGGAAGGAUUACUACAAGGCCCUGGGGAUCCAGUCGGGGGCCAACGAAGAUGAGGUCAAGAAAGCCUACCGGAAGAUGGCCUUGAAGUAUCAUCCUGAUAAGAACAAGGAUCCCAACGCUGAGGAGAAGUUCAAGGAAAUCGCAGAGGCCUACGAUGUGCUGAGUGACCCCAAGAAACGGGCCGUCUAUGACCAAUAUGGGGAGGAAGGGCUGAAGACGGGUGGUGGCUCCUCGGGCAGCUCAGGGAACACCUUCCACUACACCUUCCACGGGGACCCUCACGCCACCUUUGCCUCUUUCUUCGGGGGCUCCAACCCUUUUGACAUCUUCUUCACCAGUGGCCGUUCUCGGGUGUUCAAUGGCUUUGACCACGAGGACAUGGAUGUGGAUGAUGACAGUGAUGAUCCAUUCAGCGCCUUUGGUCGGUUUGGAUUCAAUGGCAUCAAUGGGGUGCACCGGAGACACCCCGAGCCCAUCCAUAUGCGUCGGAAGGUGCAGGAUCCGCCGGUGGUCCAUGAGCUAAAGGUCUCGCUAGAAGAAAUCUACCACGGUGCUACCAAGCGAAUGAAGAUCACCCGCCGGCGGCUGAACCCAGAUGGAAGAACGCUGCGGACUGAGGAUAAGAUCUUGAACAUCGUCAUCAAGCGUGGCUGGAAAGAGGGCACCAAGAUCACCUUCCCCAAGGAAGGGGAUGCCACACCAGACAACAUCCCUGCUGACAUCGUCUUCAUCUUGAAGGACAAGCAGCAUGCUCACUUCAGGCGGGAUGGGACAAACAUCAUCUACACGGCCAUGAUCAGUCUUAAAGAGGCCUUGUGCGGCUGCACCGUGAACAUUCCCACCGUCGACGGGCGCGUCAUCCCCCUGCCCUGCAACGACAUCAUCAAGCCCGGCACUGUGAAGAGGCUGCGUGGCGAGGGGCUGCCUUUCCCCAAGGUGCCCACCCAGCGCGGAGACUUGAUUGUCGAGUUCAAAGUCCGCUUCCCGGACAGAAUAGCCCCCCAGACCCGGCAGAUCCUCAAGCAACACCUGCCCUGCUCCUAGAGCCCCCCCGCCCCGCUCCAGGCAGCAAUACUUCCUUCACGCGUGUGUGCUGGCUGCGGUGCACGGGGCUGGGGCUGGGGCUGAGCCCGGCCCCCUGCUGCAAAGCGCUGCCCUCCUUCCCCCAGAGACUCUGGCCUGGCUUGUGUGCUCCUCUCCCUCUGGCUGGCUGCGAGUGGCUCCUCCUUGGGCCUGGCUUCCCUGCUUUGCGUGAGCCCAGAGCGGGCGGGCGGGCUGGCUCUCUCUCUCACUCGGCGGCAGUGCCGUCUGUGCAGGGUUUGGCUGGUGCAGAACUGCCUGUGUCACGCCGGGGAGAGGAUCCGGGGGGGGGGGGGCGCCCUGCCUGCUGUAAAUAGGACUCCAGCGCCUCUCCUGCGGAUGCUCGGACCACCGCCUCUUCCUGCUGCUCCUCUCGGUGGCUGGGUCAAAACGGCAGCCCGGGCUUGUUCUCCAGGAGCGGAGCCAGUUCUGCCCCGGGGCCACAGUGUCCGGUGGUGCCCAGCCUGCGCGGUGUGGAGCGGAAGACCUCCGGUUCUCUCCCUCCCUCCCUCGGCCGCCUUCGUUUUGAAGCACACAGACAAUCUUGGCUCUGCAAAGCCCGGCCAGGCCAGGCUGCUCUCCUGGGGAUUGCCGAGCCUGCUGGCAAGCCGAGCCCUUGUUUCUCCCCUGCAAGGCCGGAGGCAGAGCGGAGAGCCAGCCGCGUCCGUGGUCUCCUUGCCAGGCCUCUUUGAAUGGAUGCUUCCUGUGUUUAUUAUUAAUAGAAAGCUCAUCAGGAUGGUCUCUUGCUCUUCACUUCGGGUUUUCCAGUGUGGUUCAUCCUCUCUCUGGGGGUGGGGUGGGGUGGGGGAUAACUCUCCCCUCUGCUGUGUGAAGCAGCACGAUGGGGAUCUAGGCAUUAAAGUUCAGAGCCAGAGUCCAGGAGGGAGGGGCUGGCAAGUUCUUGGGGGCAAGGGAGGACCGUGUGUGUGUGUGUGCUUGAAUGUGUGUGAGUGUGUGUGGGUGCAUCUCUUUCAGAGAGCCAAAAGGGCUAGGCCAGGGUGGGCAAGAAGGUUGCCAGAUCUGCUUGGGUGAUGGAGUGUUUAGAGGCUGCAUUUAAAAACAAACACCCCACCCUACUUUAGAGGGGAAGUUUUAAAGUAGUGUUUCAUGCCUUGGUCAGGUGCGCCUUGCUCCGCUUGCAGGGACAGCUCUGGGAAAAUAACAGGCUAGUGGGGGGCAUGACUCUGAUCAGGUUCCGAAACCGUCUCGCCACCCUGAAAUACAAUGUGGUGCCAAAUCUCUUGUCCACAGGAUUCCCGACUUUCCGUUGGGGUUUGAAUGGAAGUAUUUAUUCUGACUUGAAGCGGGAGGCUGCCUGAGGGUUCCUCUCGGCCCGCUGCUGUUUCGCUUGUUCCUGGGUCCGGGGAGACUAGCGGCCUUCACUGCAGCUGGGCUUUGCAGCGGGCACCGAGCUAACUCUCUUCGAUCUGUUGUAGGAGGACGGGCUGCGUGCCUACACAGCACACUGCCGCUUCCUGUAUAGCUGUACAGAAUCUAACAGAGUCCUUUUAAUGUGCAAUUUUUUGGAGAAGAUUAAAACUCUUAAAGCAGUGUUGAACUGAUCAACCAGUUCCUACGGUUAUGACAAUGCCUUUUUGCCCCCUCCAAUGUGUGUGUUUUAAAUACAAAAAAAACUCUUGAGGCUGGUUGUGCUGCUGAGGCAGAGGAGCGUUGGGCGUGGAGGUGGCAGCGCCUUUGGGGUUUUUCCCGAUUCAGGGAGACCCCGAGUGCUUUUAUAGCCGUUUUUUGGUAUUUCUUUCCUCCUCUUUUGUAAUGUCCUGUAUUAAUAAUAUUUAAAAAGAAUAAAGUAUUUUAAAAAUAA